AUGCCUGAAUUCGUCGUUGGCACUGGUCUCGCUAUCGCAGGGCUCCUGCUAGGAAUCAAGGGCGUAGUGGGUGGCUACGUAUUGAUACGGGAUGUUUUUGCAUCCGACCAGGGCCUGCAAGACCGGGCCCUCAAAUAUGACAUUGAGCGCAUCAAGUUUGAGGCUUGGAGCGACCGCCUGAAGACAAAAGAUGAGGCGAACUGCCUGCUCAACAACGAAUCCAAGGUCGUCCAGGACGUCGUUGCCCAGAUCAUUGCCGAGAUUCUCGCCCUGCAGGAGACCGUGGGCAAGAAGUUCAUCGAAAAGUACAGCAUGGCUCCCAUCGCUGCGCCCAUCCCCGGCAAGCCCGGAGGUCCGGGGGCUCGGCCGGCGUUUCAUAAGGAGGCUCCGUGGAUAGCUCACUUCCGGCACGAGCGGGACAAGAAGAAGCAGCCGCACCGUAUAGCCUGGGCCGUCUUGGAUAAAGACAGGUUCACCGAUGUCCUCGAUCGUUUGGCCACGCUAAACCAAGACCUUGAGGCUCUGGUUCGCCCGGAAGAAUUCGACGCGACACGUCUCGUCACGUCCAUCUUGAGCGGUAUCGAUGAGCGGCUGUCGCUGGCAUUGCUGCCGACGGUCGCCAGCAGCUCCUCCUCAUCUUCCCCUUCGCUGCUUUCGCUCGCAGCCUUGUUGAAGUUGGUUCAGGAAGAGGAUGUAGAAACAGCGGCGGCACGAGUAAAACACAUCGACGCUGCCGACCUCGAUCUCUUAUACGAACCCAACGCCACGACGAUUCGCAGCGAUGCCACCUACCAGCCAGCGGGGACGUUGCCGCAAUCCGCCCUCGUCGAGUGGAAGUACAUCGACGCCACCAACGUAGCCAAGAGCGUGAUCGUGACAGCCAACCCAGACGAGUUGCACCGUCUCCCUUGUUUCGGCACCUUCGACGACCUUGCCUACGAGCAGGCGUCCAAGGGCAACCGCCGCAUCGGCCUCGUGUACAGUGUCCCGCGCGGUGUGGAACUUGAUGGGCAGUCGUCGCCUUCUCUGCUACGGCUCAUCCGGCAGCGCAGCACACGUCCACCGCUCGGAGCACGCUUUGAGCUCGCUCGGCGGCUUGCGGGGGCUGUGGCGUUGCUACAUGCAUCCAACUGGCUACACAAGUCCCUGCGAAGCGACAACAUCCUCUUCAGCGGCAAGGGCGUCCACGACGCGAAGAUCACGGCACCGUACAUCUGCGGGUUCCAGUACAGUCGGCCGGGGGCAGACACGUCGAUAGAGAGCCGACCGCUGGGCGUGCCGGAGUUGGACGUGUACUAUCAUCCGGAUGUGGCCCAGAGGUGGAACAAGGUCCGCGAGGUCUACAGCCUUGGCAUCGUGCUUCUAGAGGUGGCCCUGUGGCGGCCCGUGUUUGUGGAGAUAUACAAGACGAUGACGAUGGCGGAGAUGUCCAAGGACAUUAUCACGGAGCUGGAUGGCAAGUUUGGGAGAGACGUGGCUGGGCUGGUCGGCACGGCGUAUGUUGACGUGGUCAAGUGUUGUCUGAAGGGCGAGUUCUGUGUGACUACUGGCAAUUCAAGACAGGAGGGAAAGGUGCUAAGUAAAAGUUUCUGGCAAAAGGUCGUCGAGCCGUUGGCUGGAUGCAAGGCAUAG